AUGGAUUCUCAUACAGACAUUGAUACCAGAGAACCUCCUUCAGACAAUACUUCCCAUCCAGAUAAGCAAUCUCCAUUAAAAGCAACCACCAGUCAAGUGGAGGAUAAUAACCAGAUUGUGAUGGUUAACAGUGACUCAGCCACUCAGCAGCAUCACCGAGCAAAUUUAACUAAAUCUUCUGAUGAGGAAAACUUCAAACAACCUGAUUCUAAUGAGAGGAUGCAUUUUGAGAAAGAUGGUAAUACACAGGAGAAAGAUAAGACCAUGGACUUAGAUGUAAUUCUUCCCAUUCAACUGCAAUCCAGUACUGGACAUGAAGAUUCCAUGAUGAUACAAAUUCCACCAACAAGGACAUGGAAAAGAUCAGGUGACAAAGAUGGAAGGCUCCAAAGGCAAAACAACAGCAUUGUAAUAAGGGACACUCCUGUUUCAAGUAAAAGACCUUGGAAUUCUAGAAUAUAUAUCGUUCGCCUUCAGCUCCAUCCCGUAGCAAGAUCUCAGAAGCUGAGAAAAGCCAAGUCCGUUGAUGGACUGGUGAAAAAUCCAAGGAUGAAAGAAGAGAAAAGGCGGCUGGUAAUGCUGAUCCUCCAACUGCAGAUAGAAUGA